AUGUAUCAGAACGGGAAGCUGGUCCCACCGAACAUGCACCAGAACAGCACGAAGCUCCUCAACCUCAAAGUCCUUCGACGAAUCGAUCCUUUCAUCGAAGAAAUCCUCAUCACUGCAGCACACGUCACCUUAUACGAAUUCAACGUUCAGAAAAGCGAAUGGAGUCGUAAGGAUGUUGAAGGAUCUUUAUUCGUCGUCAAAAGAAAUAGACAACAGCCUCGGUUUCAGUUUAUUGUGAUGAAUCGUCGGAAUACAGAUAACUUGGUGGAGGAUUUAUUGGGAGAGUUUGAGUAUGAAGUUCAAGGUCCGUAUUUACUAUACCGUAACGCAGCUCAAGAAGUUAAUGGGAUUUGGUUUUAUAAUCAACGUGAAUGUGAGGACGUUGCACGUCUCUUCGAGAGAUUACUUAGCGCAUAUUCGAAGGUUAACCAGAAGGCAAAUAAGUCAUCUUCGAAAAGGGAGUUUGAGGAAUUGGAAGAUGUGCCUAUAGUGGAAGUUAGGGAUGGUUCUCUUGAACCAUCUUCAAGUGGUAGAGAUGCUCCUAAUGAUCCUGCGUUUGUCAACUUCUUUGGCUCAGCAACGGCUCUUGGGAACACUACGAGUGGAUCAGCAAGUGGACCACCAUACCAAUCAUCUGCACAACCUCACCAACCCACCAUUGCCUCUCCUGCAGCUGCAGCUGCACCUCCACAGAUAUUAUCACCACCGCCUCAACAAUCCUCCUCUCCUCUGAUGUCUCUCUUUGACAACAACAGUCCUGAUCGUAUCAGCAGCAACUCCAACGUUCACACAAAUUUGGUGACCCCUUCCUCUGUCUUCGAACCCCCACGGAUGAUGGCACAACCGCACCUCAUCCCUGGUUCAUCUAUGCCCUCUGCUCCUCCUCCGACUUACCAGCAGGGUCCACAUGGUACUCCGAUGCUCCAGCCUUUCCCACCAUCACUCGCUCCUACACACAAUGGGCCGGUUAUCAACAGAGAUAAAGUCAAAGAAGCCUUGUUUGCGCUUGUUCAGGAGAAUGAAUUCAUCGACAUGGUGACCCGAGCUUUACAAAAUGCACAUCAACCAUGA